CCAAGCCAAUCAGUAACUUCUACAGGAGUCCAGAAAUGAGUGAUUCUGUUGAAUUUGCUGUUGAUGUUUCUACUUCUGUUGAAAGUAUUGGAGCUUUGAAGGCAAAGUUAAAAGUAUAUUUGGAGAGUAGACCUCAACAUUGGCGUCCCAACCACAAUGUAGUGGUUAAGGAUAUUGAGAAUGUGAAUAAGUUGAAAAUGGCUCUAUAUGUUACUCACACCAUAAAUUUUCAAAACUAUGGGGAGAAGAGCAACCGAAGAUCCGAAUUAGUCCUAGAGUUAAAGAAAAUUUUUGAAGAUCUUAAUAUUAAAUAUCAUCUGCUCCCACAAGAAGUUCAUCUCAGUUAUGUAAGGUCACAAGACUCAACAGCACAGACAUUUUGAAGAUAUCUUGUACUUUCAUAAGGUGCAAGUGUGUAGCACAUUGUUGUUUUGCUGUUAAAUUUGUUCUACUCUAAUGAUUCUCUCCAUAGUCUAUCUAGUUUGAGAUCAAAGGUGGUGUGACAAAUUUGAUGAUCAGAAGUGAAAUUGGUUUGAACACUGUAUUUCCUAAUGAAAUAGCUGAGGCCAGGGAAGAAAGAAANAUGAUGUUUAAUGGCANUGUUCUGAGUAAGAUCACUCCAAGGGCUCUUGCUUAAAAGAACACACUUUGUGUGAAGUUUCAAAUUGCUCAAAGAAUGCCAAGUUGCCAAAUAAUAAAGAAAAGGAAGGGACUGGUAGUGGGGAUAAACAUCACUCAUUAAGAGAAUUGGAGAAGAUCAAAUCACAUGAUUUGCUUCUUCUUUUUUCCAUUUAUUAUUAUGUGUAAGAACCAGAGUCGUGUUUUAGUAUGAUGAUCUUUUGGUGUUAAUGUUGUACUAUUUUGUACCAU